CUCCGGGCAUCCCGUAAAGUACUGGUAAUCAUGUCGACACCGACUCGAGCGCAGAUCCUUAACCUCUACCGCAACUACCUCGCCACCGCCCAGUCCUUCUCAUCCUAUAACUUCCGAACCUAUUUCCUGAGACGAUCAAGGGAUCUUUUCCGCUCCAACUUGCUUCCCGCCUCCGAAGUUGGUUAUUCGUCGCCAUUCUCAAAAGCGUCGGGUAGAACUGCUCUCGCGUCUCCUCACACUCUCUCCUCGCCUGCGCCAUCUGCUCUCAUCAACGAGUCAUCGUCAAGCCUGUCAUCAUCAUCAUCAUCAGCCGCAGCAGAGACAGCAGCGUUGGAAAGCGAUGCGCGCCCGGCGGAUCGUGAAGAGAAGCUUCGCCAAUUCUACCAAGCGGCCAAGAAGGACCUUGAGGUGCUCCGAAGGGCCGCUCUUACGAAUCGCAUGUACGAGGGCGAACGUUUGGUCGUAGAGAAGCCCGUCUUGAUUGUCGGAGGCGGAGGGGCCGGUGCUGAGGCGAGCGUCGGAGGGGCCGGUCAGCCAGGUUUGACGGACCAGGGCAAGGGCGGCGCCCCACCCUCGGGAUCUUCGCCACCGCAAUCGUCAUGACAGAAUAUCACUACUUUUCCCUUGCAAGGAUAAUGAAAGAGAUAGUAGUAGUGGACCCGCUCGCCUUACAGAUGCACAUUUCUGUCAUUUCAUGCUUGUGGUAGUCGUACUAGAGUGGUUCUUCGAGCCUGCGUGCUUUCUCAAUGCUCUGCAGAUGCAUAUCGAAAGGGCGUCAAUGCUCUCCGAAGCUGCAUGUCCGCUUCCCGUUGUCGGUCACUGAACCACUCCUUUUUCAAGAACGGCAGCCUUC